AUGAACUCUGUAUCUAAUGUGUAUGGUUGUUCAUACGUUCAUGAUUUUACCAGCUAUACCAAUCUCGACAACUCCCUGAAAUUCUUGUCUAAUCCGGAUGCAUCUGAUCCUCCGCCAUUGAUGUCCUUGCUUCAUAUGUUUGAUGAGGUUGGAUCAGUUUCAAAACCCAAUUCACCGCAGAAUUAUUCGCCGGAAAAAAUGGUGGAGAUGGGGGUGAAGAUGCCGCCGCCGCCGACUUGGUGGUGGGGUUGUGGCGGUGGUGGUGGGCUUCUCCUACGAGCGUAA